AAAAAUGGGAGCAAAUUCCACCGACUACGCACAUAUUAAUGACACAUGGCCCGCCCUAUGGUAUAUUGGAUGAGACGUUUCAUGGAACAAAUGCUGGCUGUAAUGAUCUAUUAGAAAGGAUAGAAAAAAUAAAGCCUUACGUUCAUGUAUUUGGACAUAUUCAUGAAGGUUAUGGCGUAUUUGAGAAGACUUGGAAAUCUGUUGAUAGGAAAAAAACUACCUUUAUAAAUGCUUCAACAACAACCAUAGAGUAUAAACCUGAAAAUGCGAUAGUUGUUUUCGAUAUUCCUCCUUUAAACAUCAAAUGA